GCAAAUAUUCUCUCCUUUGUUUUCUUUUAUUUUCUUCCUUUUUUUUUUGUUUCUGGGUUUCGUCGUCUGCAAACAGCUGUUUCAUCUGUUUCUUUCCUUUCUCAAGCUAAGCAUCUCUCUCUCUCUCUCUCUCUCUCUCUCUCUCUCUCUCUCUUCUGUGACUUUUUCUUGAUCGCUUCUGCGAGAUUCCUUCUCUUCUUCUCGAUGCCUACUUCUUCAAUUUAUGUUCUUUUUAAACGAUGCCUAUAGCUUCUUCUCUUCCUUCUCCUUCUCUCUCUCUCUCUCUCUCUCUCUCUCUCUCUCUCUCUCUCUCUCUUUCGCGAAGAAUUUUACGACUUUUGCUCUUCUCUCUUUCUCUCUCUCUGGCCGUCGUUUUCGUCUUGCGGGAUAUAUAAGAGCGGGUCUUGUUGAUUUUCAUGGAUUCUUCUUCUUCCGGCAAUGGCGAUCGUAUCAACCAUAUCUCCAACCCUUGUAUCUUCGGGGAUGUUGGGUCGUCGUCGUCAUCAUCUAUAUACAGAGAGAAGAAAUGGAGGUUGAUGAAAUGGCUAAGUAAGAUAUUCAAGGGCAGUGGCUCAUCAUCAUCAUCAUGCCAUGGAGGAGGAGUAAGAGCCAGAGAGUCCGACAACCAUCUCCCCCAGUUUCAGGAGGACGAGAACAUGGUCUUUCGUCUCCCUCCUCGGUCUUUGUCUCCAACGUUUGGAUGUUCAAUCAAUCAGGAUGGUCGGUCCAGAGCUGCGCGAGACAAAGAAGAACUCGACCGCUCAUUUCCUCUUUCUCUAGAAGAUGACAUAAUGAAGCGACCACAUGGAUAUGGUCACGACCAAGAUUUCCCAAGACCAUUUCGUGGGGGCUUGAAUCCUUCGUUCGUUCCACCUUAUGAAUCUUCACAUCAAUAUAGACAAAGACAUAGAAUAUGCGGAGGAUGUCAUGGCGAUAUCGGCCAUGGAAACUAUCUGGGUUGCAUGGGAACAUUCUUUCAUCCAGAAUGUUUUCGUUGCCAUUCUUGUGGUUACCCCAUCACCGAGCAUGAGUUCUCUCUGUCAGGGAAGAAACCCUAUCACAAGCUCUGUCUGAAAGAGAUGACGCACCCCAAAUGUGAAGUCUGCCACCAAUUUAUUCCGACCAAUGAUGCUGGAUUGAUAGAGUAUCGGUGUCACCCCUUUUGGAACCAAAAGUAUUGCCCUUCUCAUGAAUACGAUAACACGGCCCGAUGCUGCAGCUGUGAACGUUUGGAGUCACGUGAAGUGAAAUACUACACCUUAGAAGAUGGGAGGAGUUUGUGUCUGGAGUGCAUGGAGACUGCGAUAAUGGACACUGGGGAUUGCCAACCACUCUACCACGCCAUUAGAGACUAUUACGAAGGAAUGAACAUGAAGCUUGAUCAGCAGAUCCCUAUGCUUCUUGUUCAAAGAGAAGCCCUCAAUGAAGCUAUAGUCGGCGAGAAGAAUGGAUACCAUCAUAUGCCCGAGACUCGAGGUUUAUGCCUUUCUGAAGAGCAGACAGUCAGCAGUGUUCUUAGAAGGCCGAGGCUUGGAGGCCACCGUCUUGUUGGAAUGAGGACACAGCCUCAGAAGCUCACACGCAAGUGUGAAGUCACCGCAAUUCUUGUUCUUUACGGCCUCCCAAGGUUACUAACGGGAGCUAUACUGGCUCAUGAACUGAUGCAUGGCUGGCUACGUCUGAAAGGUUAUAGAAACCUUAAUCCCGAGGUAGAGGAAGGUAUCUGCCAAGUGCUUUCCUACAUGUGGCUUGAGUCCGAAGUUAUCUCGGACCCUUCUUCAAGGAACUUGCCUUCCACGUCAUCAUCUUCAUUUUCAUCUUCGUGCAAGAAAGCUGGGGGGAAAUCCAACAUGGAGAAGAAACUGGGGGAGUUCUUUAAGUAUCAGAUAGUUCAUGACGUCUCUCCUGCCUACGGAGGAGGUUUCAGAGCCGCCAACUCUGCUGUAUCUAAGUACGGUUUGCGUCGAACCCUAGACCAUAUCCGUCUUACCGGAACCUUCCCUUUGUGACAGAGGCUUCCAUGCAUGUACGGAUCUGUCGUGCUUGUAUCAUUUGUGUUGUACUAUGCAUUCUUUUAACUCUGAACCAGAAGCUCCAACCAGCUUCUUUCUCCUCUUGGAAUUUUAAUUAGGAGGGUUUGGGGUUUGGGGUGCUCGUUUA